GCUUGAGCGACGGAAGUGACGUCACCGCUCUGAGGCCCUCCGGUGGGUCGCCGGCCCUCGUCCCGCGCGCGCCGCCUCCGCCGCCCGGCUGCCGGGAAUAUGGCGUCCGCCCUGGAGCAGUUUGUCAACAGCGUCCGCCAGCUCUCCGCCCAAGGGCAAAUGACUCAGCUUUGCGAACUGAUCAACAAGAGCGGGGAGCUCCUGGCGAAGAACUUAUCCCAUCUGGAUACCGUGCUCGGGGCCCUGGACGUCCAGGAGCACUCCUUGGGCGUCCUCGCUGUCUUGUUUGUGAAGUUUUCCAUGCCCAGCGUUCCCGACUUCGAGACGCUGUUCUCCCAGGUUCAGCUCUUCAUCAGCACCUGCAACGGGGAGCACAUCCGCUAUGCGACAGACACCUUUGCUGGGCUUUGCCAUCAGCUAACAAAUGCACUUGUGGAAAGAAAACAGCCCCUGCGAGGAAUCGGCGUCCUUAGGCAGGCCAUUGACAAGAUGCAAAUGAAUACAAACCAGCUGACCUCUGUGCACGCCGACCUCUGCCAGCUGUGUUUGCUGGCAAAGUGCUUUAAGCCAGCCCUGCCAUACCUGGAUGUGGACAUGGUGGACAUCUGCAAGGAGAACGGGGCCUACGACGCCAAGCACUUCCUGUGCUACUACUACUAUGGCGGGAUGGUCUACACUGGACUGAAGAACUUCGAGCGGGCACUCUACUUCUAUGAGCAGGCCAUCACCACGCCUGCCAUGGCUGUCAGUCACAUCAUGUUGGAGUCAUAUAAGAAGUAUAUCCUGGUCUCUCUGAUCCUGCUGGGCAAAGUACAGCAGCUGCCGAAAUACACCUCUCAGAUUGUGGGUAGAUUCAUUAAGCCUCUUAGCAAUGCAUACCACGAGUUAGCGCAAGUGUACUCCACCAACAACCCCUCAGAGCUCCGCAGCCUGGUGACCAAGCACAGCGAGACCUUCACACGCGACAACAACAUGGGGCUGGUGAAGCAGUGCCUGUCCUCUCUGUACAAGAAGAACAUCCAGAGACUCACCAAGACAUUUUUAACACUGUCGUUACAAGAUAUGGCGAGUCGCGUGCAGCUGUCCGGGCCUCAGGAGGCAGAAAAGUAUGUCCUGCACAUGAUAGAAGAUGGCGAGAUUUUUGCAAGUAUUAAUCAGAAGGAUGGGAUGGUCAGUUUCCAUGAUAACCCUGAAAAAUACAACAACCCUGCCAUGCUUCACAACAUCGACCAGGAGAUGCUGAAGUGUAUAGAGCUGGACGAGCGGCUGAAGGCUAUGGACCAGGAGAUCACUGUGAACCCCCAGUUUGUGCAGAAGAGCAUGGGGUCACAGGAAGAUGACUCAGGAAAUAAGCCGUCCAGUUACUCGUGAAGCCAACACUCAUCCUGAGUCAGAGGAGCCAUUGCCCAUCCCUGUGGCCGGACAGGUGUCAGGAGGCGGCUGGAGGAUCAGGCCCAUCUCACCUGGACAUAGACACAGUGCAUUUUGUUUUGAUGUCUUCAGUCCUGUGUGCUUUCAGUAAACCAUUCUCUGUGAAGAAGGAAAACAUUUUCAAACUUCAAAGCCUCUUGUGGGUUUAUUUAUCCUCAGAUUAAUGUUGUUGUUGCAUUAAAUCUGCCUUUUUGUUUUAAA